AUGUUAGCAAUCUUCUACCUACGUGUGAACAACAGGUAUCAUGAACAAAUCUUGGAUAUACUUCUGCAAGGCCUGCCGCCUUCAGAGUUCGUGGAGUGCCACCAGCUGGAUGGUAAAGCCGUUGGGCGAUACGUCCCUUCGGAGCAUUGUUCUCGAACGCAAAGGGCAUUCCUACAGUUACAUGGCGGGGCCAAGAACACCAAGAAAUCCAAGCUGCCAAGGCGGCAAGAAUCGAAGCCUUCCGAAAAUGCGGAGGCCAGCAGUGAGCGUCUUUCGAUGGUUGGUUUGAAGCGGCAGAGGCGAGCUCAGCUGGAAGUAUUGCAACCGAACGCAGAUGUUUCAGAUUUGGGGGAGCUCUCAGCAGCUGCCGCGCAGAGCGCCGCUGACCGGCGGGGAGAGAAGUACGAGAAGCUGACUCGAUUGUUGCAGACAGACGUCGCAUCGCUGCGCACCCGCACAGCAGUCAAACGGCGGAAGAAGCGGCAGUUCCAGGAGGAUGCCCAGCCGUUCGGGGUUCGAACACAGACGACCAAGAAACUGAGGGAACAUCAGAGGAGAGAGAGCAGCAUCAAGGCGGACUUGGAGCGCAAGCAGUUGUUCGAGCUGCCAGGCCAGCCAAGCCUGGAUGCCUGCAGCGUUUGCGCUGUGGCUUGUGCAGCAGAGGAUGCUCGGGUUCUGGAAGCCCUGCGGUUGAAGGUAGAGGUCUGGGAGAACAGCAAGGAGCAGUUUCAGCGUUUCCGUGGAUGCCAAUUGCUUUGGUUUGCCAGCAGCUAUGAACUUGAACUUGGGAUGACAGUGGGGCCGGAGCAGAAUCGGCAUAUGACUGCAGUUCUAUUGGCCACCAGGCUCUUGGGUGGCUUUAUCGGUACACCGCGUUGGCUCGAAGCCUGCACAUCCGAGGGCCGACUGGUCCAGCCAGUUUUGCAGCUGAGAUGUACUUUGAGCAUCGCAACCGAGAUCUGCUUCCAUAAGUCUUUAAAGGAUGAAGCGGAUCUGGAAUGUGCAGCCGCCAUCGCCAGAUGCUUGGAGGGCGCAACUCUUGCCCGGAAGCCAGCUGCUUGGCAACUGCGUAGCAGUUGGAAGGAUGUACAGAAAAAAGAGUGCUUGGUUCUCGUUGGUGAUGCAGUUGCCAGCAAGCCAGAGGGCUUGAAAGAGCUCGCGGCAAAAGCCGCGAAGGAAGCUAAGAUUGGCAUCCCAGCCGGUAUGUUGCACUUCUUCCACCAGCGCACACAGUGGAUCGAACCGUAA